AUGUCUAGCCCCUGGGUCCCAGUAUUAAUCGGAAGCAGCCCUCCGGUAGUAGACACCCUGGACACAGCUCCCGAGGUGCUAAGGUCCUUGGCCACGUUCACCUGCGUGUGCGGCAUGAUUGGCAAUGGCCUGGUGGUCUGGCUGCUGAGCUGCCGGGGGCAGAGGACCCCGUUCUGCACGUAUGUCCUCCACCUGGCCAUAGCUGACUUCCUCUUCCUCCUCUGCACGGCCGUCACGCUCUAUCUAGAAACACCCGUGCUGGCCUAUGAAGUGAUGGAGAGAGUGAGGUCCUUCGCCUACACCGCGAGUCUGAGCCUGCUGACGGCCAUCAGCACGCAGCGCUGCCUGUCUGUCCUCUUCCCCAUCUGGUACAAGUAUCACCGGCCCCAGUACCUGUCAGCCGUGGUGUGUGCCCUGCUCUGGGCGCUGUCCCUCCUGAUGAGCGUGGUGGCCGCACUCUUCUGCAGCGAGCUCUGGCUCGGCGUGGAAAGUCAGUGUUUAACGGUGGACUCCGUCUUCAGCUUCCUCGUUAUGGGGAUCUUCACCCCAGUGAUGGUUCUGUCCAGCGUGACCCUCUUCGUGCGCGUGCGCAGGAGCUCACGGCAGUGGGGGCGGCGGCCCACAAGGCUGUACGUGGUCGUCCUGGCCUCCGUCGUCGUGUUCCUUCUCUGCGCCCUGCCCGUUGGCAUCAGCUGGUUCUUCCUCUACUGGCUGGACCUGCCCCAAGAGCAGAAGACUCUAUUCCGCUAUGUGGCGUGCCUCUCCUCGGCCCUGAGCAGUAGUGCCAAUCCCGUCAUCUACUUCGUCGUGGGCAGCCAGGGUCGCCGGAGCCUGCGGGAGCCCCUGGGGGCCGUGCUCCGCAGGGCGCUGAGGGAGGAGCCUGAGGGGGAGGGGAGGGAGACGCCCUCCACCGGCACCAGCGACCUGGGGGCCUGAGAGCUGGGACACCCCCCCCGGAUCUGCAUGCCCGCCCUGCCAGGCGCCUGUCUGG